AUGGUCCCUAAUCCGUAUCAUCAAGUAAUUCUGUUUGGAGAUUCCCUCAUCCAGCAUUGCACCGACAACCUAGAUGGAUUUGUUUUCCACUCUGCCGUUCAAGCUCAUUGCAACAGGAGACUAGACGUCAUCAAUCGCGGCUUCAGUGGCUAUAAUACUUCCCAAUGCCUUCGUAUUCUGCAGGAUGUCAUUCCCUCAACAUCCUGCACGAAGAUCGACUAUUUUGUGAAUCCCACUUGCCCCGCUAUCUACUUUAACAACCCUAAGCUAAUUUCUAAGCUCAUUCUCCUCGGAUCGAACGAUGCCUGCCUUCCCGGCACAACAGGCCAGACUGUCAACCUCCCUCAGUAUAAGGCAAAUCUUGAAGCGAUCAUCUCCUUUCCGCCCCUCCGCGCACAUAAUCCAACCAUCCUCCUCUGCACCCCUCCCCCAAUUGACGAAAUCCACAUUACUGAGCUUGACCUCGCCUGCGGUUGGGAAUCUGGGACACGCACAUCAGAAAAUACCGCCACGUAUGCGCAAGUUGUGCGAGAUAUUGCUUCUGCGGCGGACGAGAAGGUGGUACUGGUGGAUUUAUUUGCAUCACUGAUGGAGAACGCGAUUAGCAUGACACCAGAUUGGAAGGCGGAGCAUGGGAUUCUGGGGAGCGUGAAGAGCGGAAUGAGGGGAUGGCUUGAGAAGUUGCUGCCCGAUGGGUUGCAUAUGAGCGGGGAGGCGUACAAGGUGUUUUCUAAAUUGGUGGUUGAGGAGAUUGGGAGGGAAUGGAGAGACGAGAAGAAGGCAGGGGAGAAUUAUGAGCCGCCAAGCUGGGUCUUCCCAAGUUACUGGAAGGCGACAUGGGCAGAUCCAUCUCACUAG